AAAAAAAACUUUUAGUUUUUUUUAAACAAGCAUAAACAAAGUUUUUAAGCAAUGUUUCAAAAAGAAAAAGAUUUUUAAUGAGUCAAAUGUGUACAGGUUUCUUUCGCGUUACCAUGAAAGAAAAACAAAGUGUCAGUGUAAAGAAUAUUUAUGACAGAUUAAAUUUGUCCCGACAACAGAAUCCAAUUUCCCAACAUAGUGAUCAUAUAUAGGUACGUCUUGAUAUAUAAGACGUUUUGGACUAGGGAAUCAGGUCUUCUCUUAUCCUAGUUAAGAGAGUCUUGCUACUAUGACGGCAACUACUCAGAAACUUGAAAAUACAUUAAAGCGAGCAGAACAGCUUAUUUCAGUUAAUGAAAAAGCGGAAGCUCUCAAUGUUUUACAUGCUAUCAUUAUCCAUCGACGAUUAAGAGCGAAUGGAUGGGAUACCAGUGCAGAACAAAUUGUUACAAAGUUUAUACAUUUGUGUGUGGAGUUAGAUAAGUUAAAAUAUGUUCGUGAAGGACUUCAUUCCUAUCGUGUUUUAACGCAGCAGCACAAUGUUUUAUCGUUGGUAAAAGUUAUGAAAGAAUUAAGAGAUGCUUCUGAAAAAAAAUUAGAGCUGGCCAAAACAAAAGCAUCUAAUGAAGCGACUCUACCGGCAGGAGUUGAUGAUCUUGAAGCAGAUGAAAGUCCUGAGUGCCUUAUGUUAUCUACGUUACAAGUUGAAGUUCGAGAUAAAACCGCGAAAGAGCUUUACGCCGCUUUAUUGGGGUGUUGGGAAACUUAUAAAAUAAUUAUGGAUUUAUUACGUUUUUGUCCUAAGAUUGAUUAUUUUUAUCACGACACUGCACGUCGAGCCUUAGAGUUUUGUUUAUUAAAUAAAAGACCUCAAGAAUUUCGUCGAUUAUGCGAUACGCUACGAUUGCAUUAUGCAAAUUUUCAAAAAUAUCGAUCACGACCCGAUUUCGAAUCAUUUUUACGCCCAGAAAGCCAUAUACCUAUUCGCUUAACGCAAAUGGAUGUAGCAGCUGAACUUGGCCUUUGGACUCAAUGCUUUCAAACAGCAGAAGAUAUCAUUCAUUUAGGACUACAUGAUAUGUUGCAGCGUAGUCUCUAUUCUAAGGACUCGGCUUAUUACCAAAACCGUUCAGUGUUUCUAAGUCAAACGUCACGAUUUUAUGAAAAAUUAGCUAGGGUCUUCAAAGUAUCUGGACAAUGGACGCUUCAUGCUUCGGCUAUUCUUCGAAACCUUUUUCACACAAGACAACAUAAACGCUCCGUUACUAAAGAAGAGCAAGUUCAACUUUCAAGUAUAGCAGUAAUAGCCAUUUUGUGUGUUCCUAUUCUUCAGAAAAAUCAUCAAGGGAUGAAUGACAUAGAGUAUCAAAAAAAGUUAACCAAUAUGUUAGGCCAAGGCUGUUUCACGACGCGCGCGUCCAUGCAAUCCAUUAUAGAAACGCGUGGAAUUUUAUCAGCAGCCUCACCUCAAGUUGAGAGACUGUAUAGGCAUGUUGAAGGGGAAGUCGUUCCUAUGACUUAUUGUUCUAAAGCUGAAGAACUUAUUAAUCAAGUGAAAAAAGAAAUGACUUUAUGCGAUGCUUACCUUAUGGCAUUAAAACGUGUUAUCUUUGAUCGCCUCAUGUUGCAAUUAGAAAAUGUGUACACAUCCAUGUCGAUUGAUUUUUUCACAACAUGUGUUUGUAAAAAAUCAUUUUUUCCAUGGAGUCAGGCUGAAGUGAUUUUAGUUCAACUCAUUCAAGAUGGUUUUCUACAUUUGCGAUUAGAUUAUUCUGAGCAUGCUUUAAUAUUCGGAGACGUAUUAAAGAAUUCUGAUCUUGUGGAAGAUAAUCGUUUUUACUCAGUGGCUAACGUCUUUAAUAAAAUUGUUUUACAUCAUCCAGAUUUAAAAGCUUUUUCCUCUCCAUGCAAUGCCAGUUUACACUAUACUACAUUUUAUUCUAAUUUCGAAGAAAAACUUAGAAUUGAAGAAAAGCGUCUUGAAAAAAGAAAUCGUGCGAUUAUUGAAUGCCGACUUCGACAACUGGAGAAACAGUCAGCAGAAGAAGAAGCAAGAAAGACAAAGGAAAUUCAAAAACAACGUCAAGAUGAAGAAGAAGAGCAAAAAAGACGAGAAGCCGCUUUGCUUUUAAAUGAAACAAUACGUCGUCGUGAAGCUUAUGAGCAAUUAAUGCUUCUUUAUGGUGAACAAAUAGUAGCAGAAUUUAAGGCCAUGGCGGAAAAAGCCAAUGGUAAAAUUAUUCAUAAAGGAAAGCCUAUUGAGGAUAUCACGACGGAUGAUAUCCUGACUGGAAAGUAUGAUCAUGUUGAUUACGAAACGAUACAAGAAGAAUUACGUACAAAGGAAAAGCAAGAGCGUAGUCGACAACAUCGUCAAGAAUCAAAGCGGGCAGAACAUCUUGUACGCGCGUUGCGUGAAGAGGAAUCUCAACUCAUAAAAAUUUGGAAGGAAAAAGUGGAAGAAGAAGAUCGAAAUAUUCUAAAAGAAAAACGUGCACAAUUUGAAAAGCAAUAUGCUAAAUUUAUUGAAGAAAGAAAUCAUCAAAAAAAUGUUCUGAAAAGUGUUCGAAAAGAGUUUGAAGCUUAUUUUGAAACGUGUAUGGAAAAGCGUCGGGAGGCAUGGGAACAACAAUGUCGUGAGCGUUUGGAAAAAACAAACAAAAUAUUAAAGCAGAGAAAAAUUGAGCGGGCUAAAGUGGCUCGUCAAUUAAAGGAAUUACAGCGAGCAGAGGAAGAGAAACGUCAAGAAGAAGAACGUCUUUUAGCGGAAGCUCGAGCGAAAAAAGAAUUUGAAGAACGUCAAGAACUUGAAAAGGAAGCCAUGAGAAAGCGAGUUGAAGAGAAGCAAAGGGAAAAAGAUCUGGAAAUUGAAAGGCGUUUCAAACAAAUGGAAAAGGUUCCUCGUACUUCUUUUGUUAAAGUAAAUCUUGUGGAUGAUUUAGAUUGGUCUCGAAAAGCUGUUAUCACACGGCCAGCCGUUGACGACGCUCAAACAAGUGCUAACAAGGUUAUUUUUGACUCUCCGACUCCUAAAGUAGAGAAAUAUAUUCCUCCUCACAGUCGAAUGGAUUCGAAAACGUUGCAGAACACAAGUCGUGUUCGACGUUUUUCUGAACUAGAUCGAAGUCUUUCCAAUAAAAAUUUUACACAUUCUGUCCGUUCCUUUGAUAAAACUGUUCAAACUCGAAAAAAACAUGGAAACGCAUCCAACUUUGGUUUAAGUCGAAACGACGACGUUGAAAUCGUUCGUCAUUUACCUCCAAAUCAAAUGACCACCCCGUCCGUACAGAAUAUUAAAUCGACUAUCGCUGAGCAUGUGACUAAAUCCACGCAACAUUCUGUUGGAGACGGAUUUACUACCGUUACGAAAAAGUUAAAACCCCGUUCACCAAAAUAAAUUUUAAAACAACAACAUUCAAAUAGUAUUUAAUUCAUAUAACAGUUUGUUUGUUAAAUGCAAAAAAAAAAAACAUUUUUUUACAAAAUACGUCUAUCACUCGACACUGUACAUUGAUAGACUCGACAACAUUUUGUCAUGUAACCGUUCUUUCUUUCCUUAUAAGCUGAACGAUAAAGAAAAAAAACAAUGCUGGUUUUUACGAAAAGUUGUUUCGUACAAAUGAAGCAGUCUUAAAUGACGUUAUGUCGAUGAAAAAUAACCUAGUUGAACGACCAUGUUGUCUUAAAAUACUUGUAUUCACGUAUUGUUGUAAUGUGACAGAAAAAAAAAUUAGACACGGCCUAAAGCACUGGACUAGGGCUUUUUUUCUCAUUGAUUGUUUCUUUUAAAAAAGACCAUGGAACUUUUCAAAAAACAAAACAGGUUCCCAUGACGCAUUUUAUUUUAUUGAGAGAGAGAUAGAGUCAUCAUGUGGCGUUCUCAAAUCGAUUUUAUUCAAUGUACUGAGCUGCUUAAAAGCGCUUGGAAUUUCAGAAACAACCAUAAUUUUCAAGAAGCAACAAAAAAAUGUGAGUCAGCACUGAGGCUUUUACAAGCCUACCAGGGAGACCAAAAAACAUCAUUAAUUUUCAAUACUUGCCAACUCUUAGGGGACAUCCAUAGGAAGCAACAUCAUUAUUCGAAGGCCUUAUUAUGUUAUACUUUUGCUAUUGUUUCCAUGGAACGACUUGCUUCUCAAAACCUUAAUACCAAUCUUUUGUUCAAUGCUGUUCUGGUGAUUUGGAAAUUAUUGGAAACCCCUCAUCACACGUUCACUAUUUCUUAUUUGUACCGUUUUUCUAAAGUGUGUUUAGAGAAAUGUUUACAAAUUGAGGGACCUUCACAACGUAUUACUUACUUUUUGUUCAAAAAUUAUAUAUGCAUUGGAGACCUUCUUUCUGCGUUAUCCUUAGUCAAAUUUGUUGUUGAUGAAAAUAUACCCUUUUCAUUGCGUUGCCAGUCAAAAAUCAACAUACAAGAACUUCCUCAGUUGUUGUUUCAGUUAUUUUCUUCAUUUCCACAACACCAUACAAGGAAAGAUUCUCCACCCAUCUUCAAUUCAAGAAAAAUUGAUUUCCCCUUUUUUUAUUUAAAUGAGUAUAGAAUUCCUAGAAAUGUCUUAUCAAGUUUAGCGGACAAAUCAGCUUGUACAGAUCAUUUCCUUGAAUGUAUACUUUGCUUUAUCAACAGCCUUCAACAAUAUUUCAACUUGUCAAAAAGUUUUACUUUAACUUGUUUAUUAAAUUUGCGUGUGUGUGAUGAAAUAAAAAAUACUCAUAUGGAUAUUUGGUGGAACCAAAUGGAAACAGAAACGAAACUCGUUUCCACGUCUUUCACAAAGACGCGAAUUGGUGUUCUUGAUGAAGCUUUUUCUAUCAUAAAGCCACCACGCAUGACUAAAGUAAUUUUUUGUUUUUGAUUGAAUCGCAAAACUGUCCUUUUGCAGGACAUUGGAAAAAAGAAAAUCAGUGAUCACACUUUUGCCGAUGAUUGUAGCAAAACAACCACUGAACUAGAUCAAGUAGAAAUUGGUGGUGUGAUGAAAAACAUUGAAAAUUACAAAGUUUUGUAUUGGUUAUAGGUCCUAUUAUGCCUUGACACAUUUCUUGUGUCGUACGACUCGAAUUCAUGUGGUUGUUCUUGCCCUGAAGGGGUUUCAGGUUGCCCUGAGGAAAAAAACUCCUUAACAACAUUUCCUGGCUUUAAAAAAAUUAUUCUCAACUUAUAUAAUACUGUAAUUGAAUUGUUGAAACUUUUUUCUUUGUUACCGUUAUAAAUGAAGACUUAGUUUUUUCUGAUUGUUUUUUCUAGUCGUUAGACAAUCGAAAGAAACGUCAGGAUAAGCAGACAUUGAGUUUGGCGUUACUUGAGGUAUGAGGUCGUAUUAUUGUCUUCUUGUGAAAAGAAAUAUAAGGUUUUAUUGAAUUCAGUUAUGUGAUGUGUUUAUUAAAAAUCAUUACUAUCUUGAAUCUCCUCAUAAAUUUCUUGAAUGUAUCAUGCAAAUUGUACCGCAUGUUUCUCAAAGUUUAUUAAAGGAUUACUCUUAUAUUAUUAUGGCAUUAUUGUAUGCAUCUCUUCAUAUUGAUCCACCCCCUAGGCGAAUCGUUCAAUUUUGCUUUAUAACUCUUCAAGCGACUCUGAAAGAUUCUUCAAUAGUAUGGGGGACGACGUAUGCGUUAAUAGUGGCGUCUUUGAAAUCACGUGAUUUGAAAGGAUUGACUUAUUCGUUGCGUCUACUUGAAAAAAUAAGGUCGACAAGCAUUGGCACCAUUUGGGUCGAAUCAGCCCAAGAUGUGGUCGAAGCUGAGUUGCUCCUUUUGAAUUAUAAAACAUUGACGACGGAAGACACUAAGAGUCACUUGGAAUGGAUGUCAAAAAUUAUGUAUUUACAAAAAACUAUCAGUUGUCUUUUUUUUUUCGUUUCGAAAUAUGAAUUUCGUUUGCCUCUUGUUUUAAAUGUAUCGAACGUCCUCAAUGACGUCAAUAUCUUAAAAGGUUUUCUUCAAGUUUUAUCAAAAGAUGUGACGAUCGUGCUAACACAUUUGGUGCCAUUCUUUUGCAAACAACGUUUAAAAAGCGAAGAAACGUUUCAUUCUUCUACCUGCGGUUCCUUGCAAUCUAUUGAAGAAUGCCCUGAAAUGCAAUUCAUUCCAUUUCUCUUUGAUAUGAUUGGUAACGUCUUAGCUCUUCAGGCAUUCUUAGGACGCAGACUUCUUCAAACAGCGUGUUCCGCCCAUAUGACCCAAUUCAUUGCCUUAGGGUUUGAUGUGUCCCAGGGACAUCCGAACACUUUGAUUAGCUUUUUACCUCCAUUGCUUUCCGCGUUAGAUGGAGUU